CAUUCAAAUAUUGAAUCUUUUUUUUCUCCCUUCUCUUUUUUAGGAACGAAGUCAUGGCAGACUGGCAUGGAGAUUUCAAUGAAGAAGAAAUGUGGUCUUAUAAUGGGGAAGAGGAAGAUUCAAGCCCCUCACCGAGGAAACCUAGGGACUACUCCUCGAGUUCUUCCUCUGCAUGGCGGCUCCAAAGCGCACCAAGAAGGAUCCCAAGGGUUAGCAACGGCAGCAGCUUAUCAGCAAAGCAUGAAACCAAGAUUGCUAAGCAAUCAUCGGCUCCAUUGAACAUCCCUGAUUGGUCCAAGGUAUAUGGCAAGCAUGGAAACGUGGAUUCGUCAUCAAGGAAAGGGACAUGGGUUGAUGAUAAUGGCGAUGAUGGUAUGUUUUAUGUCGAAGAUGAUGAUGAUAUGGUUCCUCCACAUGAAUGGCUAGAUAAGAAGCUUGCGAGGAGUCAGAUUUCUUCAUUCUCGGUUUGUGAAGGAAUUGGAAGGACGCUUAAAGGCAGGGACCUCAGCAAAGUAAGGAAUGCAGUUUUGACAAAAACAGGUUUCCUCGAGUAGGAAUAAAUGUCUCACCAUU